AUGAGUAUAGUAGAGGAGAGUGGGCUGGCGGGCAGGGCUCCGCCCCGGGACGUGCAGUGGGGGGACAUGGACAAGCGGCGGUUCUUCGUGGAGGGCACGGGGCUCUUCAGCGCCAUCAUGACGGCGCUGUACCCCAUAUCCGUGAUCAAGACGCGGCAGAUGGCCGCCGUGGCGCAACCAGGUGGAAAGCGGAACAUCGGGAUCGCGAGCAUCACGCUCGACCUCGCGCGCUCCGAAGGCAUCCGCGGCUUCUACAAAGGGUACCCAAUCACUUUCUUGGCUCAAAUACCAUCACGAGUCAUCUACUUGUCAACCCUCGAGUUCGUCAAGGCGCACGUGACGGCGCCGCUCGACGCGGCCCUCGACCCCGCCGCCGCCGCCAGCGCGGCCUCCUUCCUCGCCGGCGGCACUGCUUCGUUGGCCGCGCAGACAGUCAUCGUUCCCAUGGACGUCAUAUCUCAACGACAGAUGAUUCAAGGGCCGGCGAGCAAGGGGGCGCAGGCGGGGGGCGCGGGCGGGGCGAUGCCCGGCGGACACGCGGUGUACCGGUCCGCCGCGCACGCCGCGCGGGUCAUCGUGCGGGAGGAGGGCGUCCGGGGACUGUACCGAGGCUUCGUGACGUCCCUCGCGACGUACGUGCCGUCCAGCGCGGUGUGGUGGGGCCUGUACGGCUUCUACAACAAGCUGGCAUGGCGCGGCAUCGCGUGGCGACAAGAACAGAUCGGGCUGCCCCCCGUGGCCGACGAGCGCACGCCCGCGGCGAUCGCGGCGUCCAGCGCGGACGGCAGCACCCUCGGGCAGCGCGACUGGGUCACCGUCGCCGUGCAGAUGGGCAGCGGGGUCGCGGCAGGGCUGACGUCGGGGCUGGUGAUGACGCCGGUGGACUGCGUGAAGACGCGGCUCCAGGUGCUGCGGCCGCUGCCCGGGGAGCGCCCGCCGACGUUCGUGAGCGUCGCGCGGGACCUGUGGACGCAGGAGGGGGUGCGGGGGUUCUAUCGGGGGGUGUUUGCGCGGAUGGCGUCCGCGAGCCUGUUCGGGACCGCGAUGGUGUCGGCGUACGAGUACCUGAAGGACCGCAGCGCGUCGUAG